AUGUCGAGGAUUCUACAUUUUUCCGUCGUCGUGGCUGCAGUCCUGGCGAAGUUGCAGAAUGUCACCGUAAAAAUCGGAGAGAUCACUUGUGGUGACGAUGACUAUCUCGAAAAACUGAAGCUUCAAGUCUGGGAUAAGGAUAUCCUGAAAGAUGAUUUGCUGGGUGAGAUGUACUUCAACGUGACACAUCCUCCACAGAAUAUCUCAUUUGUCGCAAGUGAAGACGAAUUCCUCACACUGUCACCCUAUCUGAUUCUUGAGCACACCUGCAAUGGAAGUUGUGUUCGCUCUCGAGUGAAUAUUCCCAAGGAAUACGUUGGAGGAGUUUAUGAAAACAGUCGGAUAGAUCUGAAUCGAACAUUUGACGAAACGAAACCAUGUUGA